CGAAAGUGUCCAAAACCCAAGCGCCACCAUUGAUGAGAGGCCAUUCCAUUUCGAACUCUCCCCAAAUCUUUCGCACUCGAAAACCCCCAUAAAUUCGUGGAGAUUCUCUUUGCUAUCGUGCGCCAUAUCUGACACUUCCGACUAAGAAGCUUUUACUCUGUCCACGAUACUCUACGACGAUCGCGGUUUCAGAUGGGAAGUGCCGGCGGAAGUGGCUCUGCGGGUGGAGGGGUGGCGCUGCAGUCGCCGGCGAUUACGGAGGCCGCAGAGGCGCUUUAUUCGGGGGCGAGGAUAUCGGUGUGGUGGGACAUUGAAAACUGCCAAGUUCCGAGGAGCUCCGAUCCGCAUGCAAUCGCGCAGAACAUAAGUUCUGCGCUGGUGAAGUUGAACUACUGUGGUCCCGUCUCCAUCUCCGCCUAUGGAGAUACUACCAAGAUCUCUCCUUCGGUUCAGCAGGCCCUUAAUAGCACCGGCAUAGCCCUCAACCAUGUUCCCGCUGGAGUCAAAGAUGCUAGUGAUAAGAAGAUUCUGGUGGACAUGUUGUUUUGGGCAGUUGACAAUCCAGCACCUGCUAAUUAUCUGUUAAUAUCUGGAGAUCGGGAUUUCUCUAAUGCUCUCCACCAGCUUCGAAUGCGUAGAUACAACAUUCUUUUAGCACAGCCUCAAAAAGCAUCUGCAGCACUUGUUGCUGCAGCAAAGACGGUAUGGCUUUGGACCAGCCUUGUAGCUGGGGGACCCCCUCUUAGCAACAGUGAAUCAAAACAGUUUGUAAAUAACAGCAAUAUUAGCCUUCCCGAUUGUGACACGUCAGCAGUGCCAGUCAAUAAUAGCAACCAACUCAAUCCAUCUGUUGAUACAGUCCAUGAAAGUGCAUACUCAGGAAGUCAGAAGUUCUCUAACAUGGGAAGGAGCCCAGACAAUAGCGGUAAGCUCAAACAAGUGCGGAGAAACAUGACUCAACCUACAUUGUCCCGAACUUCAAGUGGGAUGGCAGCCCCCCAACAAGAUCACAAUAGUUUGAACUCUCAACAAGGACAUGGGCACAGUAAGCAGUUUGAUGAUUCUCCGGAGUUAUCUUCUGCUCAAAAUUCCAGAGUUCCCUUUAGUGGCCCUGGACCAGCUCCAAGUAUCAGUCAAUUCGAACCUUCUUGGAUGAAUGUCAAUAACCCUUUAAGUUCGAUUCCUCAUCAGAACUACUAUAAUAUACCAGGUAGGCCUAACAUUUUGCCUAUGCAGCCUGCACAGACACCACGUCAUUUAUUACCAUCUAAUCCAUAUUUGCGAUCUCCGCAUAUGAUGACCCCUAUGCAUGGUGCACCCAAUAUGUCCUCAGGUCCAAAGACUCCAAACAUUUCUCCUAUGCAGCCUGCACCUUCAACACAUCAUUUAGUGCCACCUAAUCCGUAUGUGCGAGCUCCACAUAUGAUGCACUCAAUGCCUGAUGCACCCAAUAUGACCUCAGGUCCUUCAACAAAUUUACCUGACAUUGGUAAGCUAAAACUUGGUGACAACAGAAGCAACCUGCCUUUUCCUCAACCCCGAAAUGGAGAGGUCAGACAAACUUCCAGUAUGAAUUCAUCGCGACACCUAAACAUGAAUGGGUCUCAGAAAGUACAUAAGUUGCAUAAGAGAUCAACAUUUUUCAAUGAGAAAGAAACCAACAGGCACCCACUCCAUAGUCAAGAGAUCCCUUCACCAGCCCCAUCUGCAAUUAGAAGCAAUACAUCAAAUAAUGGUGAGUGGGGGAACCCAGGAUGCUCAAAUCCGUCUGAUUAUGUUUCCAGCCUUAUAAGGGUCAUAUGUCUCGCCCUUGAAACAUUAAAAGAUGAGAAAAUUAUGCCAACUGAAGCCAAUAUUGUGGAUUGCAUUCGUUAUGGAGAAUCAAAUCACCGUGAUAUUGAUGUUAAGAAAGCUCUUGCUAGUGCAGUUGAACACCAAACUGUAGUAAUGCAAAACUUAGGGGCAUUGCAAUUAUAUGUUCUUAAGACAGAGAGCUUGUGGAAGUGUGUAAAUCCUAUAAGUGAAAAUCCUGACAAGUAUUCUAAAGAAAUAUGGGAUGAAAUUCAUAAGUUUCUCUCAUCAUCUACUGGGAAAUCUGCUAUGUUGGCUACUCAAUGCAGGUACGAAGCAGCUACUAUUAUAAAGAAGUUGUGCUUAAAUAACCUUGCUCUGGGUGAAAUACUUCAGAUCCUGCAUAUGGUUAUCAAAAUGAAGAAAUGGAUCAUGCAUCAUCACUCGGGAUGGCAACCUAUCAGGAUUGUUCUUGCAGAGGCUAUCUCUGGUCAGGAGGUUGUUACUGCAACAUAAGUCUGUCCAAUACUGAUUAUGGACGGGAGGGGCUUUUAGGUAGUUCAUGUCUACAUCUCCAGAUGCUAGUAUCUGGAGGUGUAACAUGGUAUAGUUAGUCCUUUCCCUGUUUCUGGAUAGGUAAAUUAAAAAGUUUAUAUUAGAAAGUAGGCUAGGUGUGUAAUUUGUCAUCUGCUUGUUGUUGUUUCUAAUCCUUGAAAAGUAUAAGAGCUCUAUGGUCACUGGCUAUUGAACAAUAUAAUCCGCCAGAGGUUUUGGGUUCAACUGUUGGACAAUGAUUCUGAAGAUCAGAAUGUUCCCAUGUUGUUGGGUUCUCUUUGAUAUAAUAUUGGAGCAUUGAACAUUGAUAGUAGCUGCUGCUGGUUCUACCCAAAUGAUUUACUGCUAGUCACCUUCAGCAUCUGCAGUAUGCAUAAGUGAGAGGAUAUAUGGUACUUGGUUUCUCCAGUUAAUAUUUCUAAUUGUAGGUUGUUUCCCUUUUGAUGGUGGGGUCUUGUGCUGAAACAUUGAAAAUUGGGCAACUCAUAGUUGGAUAGUUUUACUGGCUUCUGCUCUAAUCAAUCUACGGCUAUAAUUUUUUACCUAUGACUAUGAAGAGUACAUCAUUGAGUUGCAGUUUAUGAAUUUUCGGGACAACACUCUUUGCAAAAUAUACAUUUUAUAGCGGCUCAUGCCUGAGCAGAUCAUUGGGUGCCAUCAGACAAGUGCGUUCUGUGGGUGUAUUAUUUUUGAAAAUGUAAUAAGAAAAGCUAACGGAGUUUGAACUUGUGUUUAGCCAAGAGUAUAGCAAACGAACUAUUUUGUUAACCAGCAAUGAUGCAUUGGAGGCCGUAACAGAUGCCUGUGUGAAGGGAUUUGGAGGAAAGUCUUUUAGACAAUGGAUCAGCUAAACUAACAUUCAAGUUCAGAACUCUAAUAAUGUUCACUUCCAACAAACCCCAAGCAUCCCUGCUACCAAACUCCUACAAUCAGUCUAUCAAAAUGCUCACAUUUUGGUGGUAAUCAAAUUCUCCAUCUUACGGCGAUCUUUCCAAUGAGAGAUCGUUUGGAGCUGAUUAUCUUAUUAUCUACAUUGGGAUGGCAUUUGCAUGGUGAAAAUUUUGGAUCUGCAAAUCAUCUGCUGGUAUAGUCAUUCUGUAUACUUCACAGGCUGGUUUAAUGCUCUCUCUAACGAGGAAUAACUAUAAUCUCACCAUCUUCACAAUGAGAGAUUAUUUGGAGCGGAUCCUCUUAUUAUCUACAUUGGGAUGGCAUUUUGAUGGUGAAUAUUUUGGAUCUGCAUAUCCUCCACUGGUAUAGCCAUGGUGUAUACUGCCCUUGUUGGUUUAAUGCUCGUCUUUCCAAUGAGGAAUAACAAAUAUUCUCCAUGUAAGGUUUCUCAUGAACCAAAAGUCACCUCAAUAAUCUCACCAUCUUUGGAAAUUUAAAUAUUUGGGGAAUAUUCUGUUUAACUCAUUGAAACUGCCUUGCCUACGCUGGUUUCUAUUUUGCCUAAACACCAAGCUACUAUCUAGAAGGUGGCUUCAAUAUUUUGUACUUCAAAUGCCUUAACAAUGGAUUGAUCUAGAAGCAGCUCAGUCAACCAAGUCCCGAGUUGGCAGUCUAUCCAAUCAACUAAGUCCCGAGUUAGCGGUCUAUCCCAUCAAGCAACCGUCUGUUCUAUUAACUACAUCAUGAUGGCAUCAAAAGAGAUGUGUUGUUUCUUUUCUCGGAAAUGCUCAACUUCCCGGGGUGACACAUAGUGAUUACUUUUGAAACAAUGCCGCAAAAAUUGAUUAUUAAUGCUUGCGGUGCAUCAUAAGGUGCAGUGUGGCUGAGGUUAAGGAAGAAAUUUCACUCAUCCAAAAUGGAAGAACAAUAUGAUUUACGUCAGAGAAUUCAAAGAAGGGACUGGAUUUGUUAUUUGUUACUUUAUUAAUGGAGUAUUAUACUAAGCUGCCGUUGGUUGUAAAAUAUAUGUGGUUUUUUCAACUUGUGAGUUUUUGUGAAUGUUAUGCAGAUUCAUCAACUUUGAGCUUCAUUUUCACUUUA